CUCUAUGAUCCCGGAUGCCCGAGCGGCCCCGGAAGCGGCGGGAGGAGGGGUGAUGGCGCUGGAUCCGCGCUGGCCGCUGGCGCUGUUCCGCGGCGCUCUCCCGGUCGCCCUGGGGGUGAUGCUCUAUGUGGCCAUCGCGGGCGGCGAGCAGGAGCGGCAGCAGACGCUGAAGGCGCAGCCCGAGGGAAGCGCCGAGAUUUUGGCGGAGCGGCGUCGCCACAACGAGCUGAUCAUGAUGGCGCUGCGCGAGGCGGCUCAGACCGAUGAGAACGUGGCGCAGCGGCAGGUGCCGUGGCGCAAGUGA